AUGAAGGAUUUUCCAUAGUAUUUACUAAACGGAGGUGCUUUUAAUAUUUAAAAUAUUGACGAAUUAUAUAUAACUGAAUCAAAAUUUUAGAUAAAUUAAUCUAUUUUAGGAAAUGGAGGUUCUUUGUUUCUCUAUCAAAUUCAAAAUUUAUACAUCUCAAACUCUGAAUUCUUUGAAAACUAAUCAUAAAAUGAAUCGGGAGGAGCAGUAUUUAUAGAUCAAAACUAAUUAAAGUCCACAAAUUCUUCUAUAAUAAAUUGUAAUUUUUAACAAAAUACUGCAAUCUAAGGAUUAGGUGGUGCUAUUUAUAUUAAUAAUUGUGAUUUAAAUUUAAAAAGUACAAACAUUUUAAAUAAUAGAGCAUCUAUAGGUGGAGGAAUUUAUUAUUAGCAAUUGAUACCACGUAUUAUUUAGCAAAAUUAAAUUAAAUUUAAUAAAAAUAUAGUGAAAGAUAAUGGAUGCAUAUUGUAUGGUUAAAAUAUAGCUUCAACACUUAGAAAGUUAUUGCUAAACAUUAAUAAAGAUCUUAAAACGAUUGUUGUAGAAGGAUAUUUUUCUUAAAAUGAGCCUAUCAUUGUUAAGAAUUUCAGAAGUGGUGAAUAUUUAGUACUGGAUGAUAUUUAGAUAAUAGAUGAAGAAAAUUAUAAUUUUAAGUAUGAUCCUUUAUUAAAAUAUAGUCAAAGUGCUACAGAAAUAAUAUAAUUAACUACUUUGAGUAUUAACAUGUAAAAUAAAAGUGAAUAAAUGAAUAUAUUUGGAGGAAUUAUAGUGAAUUAUUAGAAAGGAAAAUUUUCUUUUAAUGUAAGUCUCUCUUACAUUCCAAAUUAAAGCUCAAAUUUUUAGAUAUAAUCUUAAAAAAUGCCAGCUCUUUAUGAUUAUAAAGGAAAUUUAUUUUUAGAAUAAAAAUAGUUAUCUCUCAAUUUCAAAGUUGAUUUUAGAUAAUGCAUAACAGGAGAAGUGCAAAAAUCAUUUUUCUCAUCUAUCAUUUGUGAUUAAUGCCCUGAUGGUAAAUAUUCUUUAAAUGUUAAUGAUUAGGUUUGUUAGAUUUGUCCAUCCUAAGCUAUAAGGUGUUUUGGUUCAUAAAUACAAGUUAAAAAUGGAUAUUGGAAAAAAAACAAUCAGAGUGAUUUGAUUUUUUAUUGUGAGAAUGCUCCAGAAAAUUGUUAACCAGAAAGUUUGGAAUCAAAACUUGGAUGCGCUCAAGGCUACGUUGGUCCUUUGUGUGAAUAAUGUGAUUUUUUUGGUAAUGUUUGGGGAUAAAGAUACUCAACUACUUUCAAAAAUUUUAAUUGUUCCAAAUGCUCAGAUAUGUUAGUAUUAGCAGGUUUCGAAUAAGCAAUAUUCAUAAUUUUGCUAACUUUGUACAUUUACAUAUGUAAUAGAAAGAUCAUUAACUAAAUAGAAAGAGACCUAUAAAAUUACUAUAUUAAAAUGAUGGGUCUUAUUUAUCUCAAUAAUUCUGACUAAUUCUACAGUAUGUUCAAAGAUUCUAAUUGA